AUGUGCGAAGCGAGGAGAUGGGUGAAAGAAGGUAAAAGACCGGUCGCCCGUCACAUGAGUAGUUGUGCAACACCAAGGUCGGCGCUUGCCAAUAUCGUGGGGACAGGCAACCGGUCUCCGACGGGGAAGGCAAGCGCCCCGCCGAAGCGCUUUCACCGCGACCCGGUGUCACGAAUGGGAGUUUCGCCACUCCAAGUUCGGCCUCUCAGCACCCACGUCAUCCGCGUGACUUCGGCCUUCCUGCGCCUCGGACCUCCUCUCCCCGCUUCGGCACCUGCACUGCCUUCUUCUCCAACUAUACGCUCACAACCCUCUCGCCCCCGACUCUUACGUGA